ACGUGUAUUUGCUUUGGAAGAAUAAAUCACCUCUAAUGUUGGGUGUCCUACAAAAUGUGGAGGUUGUUGCGUUAUAUAAAACUAUUAGAAUAGUUUUUCGCAUUUUAGAAUGGUGCCUCGGGACUGUCCAUAAUUUUAAAGGGUGUCUUGACUGAAUAAAGGUUGAGAAACACUGGUUUAGAGUAGCUAGACAAACCUGCAACUUAAAACCUUUCGGAGUGAGCAAUCUUCAAUCAUAUUGCAUACCAAUAAAAUGUACCACAAUCUUUAUCCCA